UUUUGUCAGGUCAAUGCUUGUGAUGUUAUAAUUUUGGAAGGGAUUCUACUUUUCCAUGACUCACGAGUUCGGGAUCUGUGAUAUGAAGAUCUUCGUUGACACAGAUGCUGAUGUGAGGCUUGCUCGCAGAAUCAGGCGUGACACGGUUGAGAGGGGUAGAGAUGUUGAUUCCGUUCUUGAACAGUAUGCAAAGUUUGUGAAGCCCGCGUUUGAUGAUUUUGUGCUCCCUUCAAAAAAAUAUGCCGAUGUGAUUAUUCCCAGAGGAGGUGACAAUCACGUUGCAGUUGAUUUGAUUGUGCAACAUAUCCACACAAAACUUGGGCAACAUGAUCUCUGCAAAAUCUACCCAAAUGUUUUUGUUAUCCAGUCAACAUUUCAGAUAAGAGGCAUGCAUACACUUAUUCGAGAGAAGGACAUAUCAAAACAUGACUUCGUGUUUUACUCAGAUCGUCUCAUUCGUCUGGUUGUGGAGCAUGGUCUUGGCCAUUUGCCAUUCACUGAGAAACAAGUAGUUACUCCAACAGGAGCUGUGUAUAGCGGUGUUGAUUUCUGCAAGAAGCUCUGUGGGGUCUCAGUCAUUCGAAGUGGUGAAAGCAUGGAAAACGCUUUACGCGCAUGCUGCAAAGGGAUUAAAAUAGGGAAGAUUCUUAUUCAUCGUGUGGGUGACAAUGGAAUGCAGCUUAUAUAUGAGAAGCUUCCAAGUGAUAUCUCCGAGCGCCAUGUCCUGCUUAUGGAUCCUGUUCUAGGCACAGGUAACUCGGCAAGUCAAGCGAUAGAACUACUCAUACAGAAAGGAGUUCCUGAAUCCCACAUUAUAUUCCUCAAUCUUAUCUCGGCUCCAGAAGGAAUACAUUGCGUCUGCAAACGGUUUCCAUUGUUGAAGAUUGUGACAUCGGAAAUAGAUCUGUGUAUAAACGAAGACUUUCGGGUUAUACCAGGCUUGGGUGAGUUUGGUGAUCGCUACUUUGGUACUGACGACUAAAAGUACUUUUGUUUGGGAAAUCCGGCGCAAUGGUUUGUCGUGUCUUUGUGUGUGUAAAGUCUGUGUGUAUGGCCAUAAAGUUGCGACCAUUUUAUCAUUACCUGAAAACACCACGGGAUCAUUUGGAGUUUCUUGGGUUUUGUACAUAGUUUGAUUUCGAACAACAGACCCCGUUAACACACUUUAUUCAAUGGCGUGUUUUAGUCUAA